CCCGGUUAUAAAAUCACAUAUAUGCCCGUACAUAUUUUAUCUAUUAGUAAUAAAAGCAAUUAACAUUUUGCUGAUCUCCUGCACUAGUGCCCUAUCGGACUCGGACUCUAUCCGGGAAGAAUCCGGAGUGGGCGCGGACGACCGGGAUGCUGUAGGGGCUGUUUAGGUUUCAAACCCUAGAACCCCACGAGGAAGGGCUUGUGGGUGGCGGCCGCGGCGACGAGAGCAGGACGAGUGCUGCUUCAGGGCGGCUGGGAAUCUGCUCCACCCCGCGUGGGCGGUGUUGGGCGCCGCACGACCGGAGUGGGAUGAGAAUGGGAUCGGUGAGCGGCGGCGCGAGGGUAGCUCUCGCCGCCCGGUCGUGCGCCCGCCCCGCGUACGCGGUUGCCGAAUCUCGCGCCGGUUCCAUUGAUAUCAGAAACCGCACCGCCCCAUCAGGAUUGAACUUUAGAACUUCCAGAUGCACCUACUUUCACCCGAUCCCAUUUUGUUACCGGAUCCAUUCUUCUGCAGAAUGUUCGGUUCAAUCUUCAGAAGAGGAAGUUGUGAUUGCUUUAGGUAGCAAUGUUGGAGACAGAAUCCAUAAUUUCAAUAAAGCAUUGCAAAUGAUGAAGAAAUUAGGUGUAAAUAUCACAAGACAUGGCUGCUUAUACGAGUCAGAGCCUGCUUAUGUAACUGAGCAACCUUUAUUUCUAAAUUCUGCUGUCAGAGGUACCACAAAACUUGGGCCUCAUGAGUUAUUGAAAGCACUUAAACAGAUUGAGAGGGACUUAGGGCGGCAGGAUGGAAUUAGAUAUGGUCCAAGGCCAAUUGACCUGGACAUUCUUUUCUAUGGGAAGUACAAAAUUGAGUCUGAAGAUCUUAUAGUGCCUCAUGAGCGUAUAUGGGAAAGGGCUUUUGUCGUAGCACCUCUUAUCGAUCUAUUGGGAUCAUCUAUUGACAAUGAUAAUGUGGCAAGUUGGCAUUCUUUAGUAGGACGAAGAGGUGGAAUAUUUGAAUUGUGGGAAAAACUAGGUGGUGAAUCCUUGAUUGGGAGCAAAGGAUUGAAAAGAGUUUUACCAAUGGGAACUCAUUUAUGGGACUGGUCAGAGAAGACACAUGUUAUGGGUGUUCUAAAUCUGACUCCCGAUAGUUUUAGUGAUGGAGGGAAGUUUUUGGAAGUUAACGUUGCAGUUUCUCAGGUCAGGUUGUUGAUCUCAGAAGGGGCAGAUAUUAUUGAUAUUGGUGCUCAAUCUACACGCCCUAAUGCAAGUCGGCUUUCUGUUGAUGAAGAACUUCAGAGGCUUAUUCCAGUAUUAGAUGCAGUUGUUAAAAUGCCUGAGGUGGAAGGGAAGCUAUUGUCAGUCGAUACAUUCUAUGCAGAAGUUGCAUCUGUAGCGGUAAACAGAGGGGUUCAUAUUGUUAACGACGUCUCUGGUGGACAGCUUGACCCUAAAAUUUUGAGUGUAGUAAGAGACCUUGGUGUUCCUUAUAUUGCAAUGCAUAUGAGAGGUGAUCCAACUACCAUGCAAAGUAAUGAAAAUUUGAAGUAUGAAGAUGUUUGUGAGCAAGUUGCUUCUGAAUUAUAUAACCAGUUGCAUGAAGCCGAAUUAGCAGGAAUUCCCAUAUGGCGGAUAAUAAUUGACCCUGGCAUUGGCUUCUCAAAGAAAACUGAACACAACUUGGAACUAAUUAUGGGUCUAUCAAACAUCCGGAGAGAAAUUGGUAAGAAAAGCUUGGCUGCUUCACAUGUGCCAAUCUUGCUUGGACCAUCUAGAAAAAGAUUUUUGGGUGAGAUCUGCAAUAGAAGUCCUGAUGAGAGAGAUCCUGCCACCAUUGCUGCCGUCACAGCUGGCAUUUUGGCUGGUGCUAAUAUCAUCAGGGUUCAUAAUGUUGGCUAUGGUCUGGAUGCUGCGAAGGUCUGUGAUGCAAUGCUUAAACAACAAAAAUCAAUUAGCUAAGAGAUAUGCCUAUACAUGCCAAUUUGAUCUUUUCUAUAAAUUAAAUUUUCAUGAUCACCCGUAAUCCUGGUGGUUAGUGACAGAUUCCUCAUUGAGAAAUGUGUAACGGAAAGCGUUUUCCCCCUUCUGGCUUAGGUAUUUAAUGACUUUCUUGCUGGGAGUUGUUCAGUUGCAAGCCACUUCCCAGGACUGACUCAUGUAACAGUUCCACACUUAAUAUUCUACAAAUAAAAUAUUUAAAGUUUUUGAACGAA